ACAUUUCGACUACAAGAAGACUAGUGCUAAUUUAGUACAGCGACUCUGGUGGCCUAACAUGCUAGACGAUGCAAAGGAGUAUGUACAUACCUCUCAGGUCUGUCAGCGGGACAAGCCGCGGACUCAAGCUCCGCUUGGGUUACUUGAACCUCUACCCAUUCCUGCUGGCCCAGGGCAGCACAUCUUCGUCAUAGUUGAUAGGUUCACUAAGUAUGCUAGACUGAUUGCCAUGCCGGAGACCGCCAGGACUGAACAUGUCAUCAAGUUAUUCAUGGAUAACUGGGUGCAUGACUUUGGAUUGCCAAAGACAAUCGUUAGUGAUAGAGAUGUGUGUUUCACAAGCGAGAUGUGGAAGAAGGCCGCUGAACAGAUGGGCAGCCAGCUUCAGAUGACUUCUGGGAAUCAUGCCGAAGGAAACGGGCAGGCUGAACAGAUGAGCCGUGUGGUGCAGCAUCUGCUGAGGCAUUACAUCAAGCCCAGCCAGGGUGACUGGGAUGAGAAAUUACCUCUCAUGGCCAACCUGUACAACAAUGCUGUACACAGCACCACCGACGUCAGUCCUAAUCAACUACAUCUGGGGUGGAAGCCUAGAUCUGCUCUAGACUUCCUCCUGCCUGAAAACCGAACUGCUGCAACUCCUGGAACCAUUGAAUUUGGUGUCCAGUAUGAGAAAUUGUUGCAGCAGACUGUCAAACACAUCAAGAAAUCUCAGGAAGCCAUGUCGCCGACAGUCAACAUUUCAGUGCCCUGCUUGAGAAGAGCUGUAUCAAUUGAGGAGGACUAUAUUUUGAGCGGCGGCGAGCUUCUCGUAGAUGAUGAUGUGGAAGGAGGUUGGCUUGCAACCCAUGGAGCACCUAAAGGGGCAGUGGUAUCCGAUGAUGAACAUAUACCAUCAAUGGAUGACGCGGAUGGAGAUUCAUCAUCUCUAAAAACAGGGGAGCGUGCCGGUGCUCAAGGGGAAGGAACUUCUCUGCGGAACUGCAUGGGGUUGGUCGAUAGGACCGGUGAGGACAGUGAUGAUGUCCCAGAUAUGGCAGACUAUGACGAAGAGGACAACUUGGUCGAAACCGACCCGGCCAUGCUGCAGUCUACCUAUCUGGUUGCAAAGGAGCCGGAGGAAGACAACAUUCUCAGAACCCGGACAUACGAUCUGAGUCUCACGUAUGACAAGUUCUAUCAGACGCCAAGGGUUUGGCUCUCUGGCUACGAUGAGAAUAGGCAGCCACUGCGACCAGAGAAGGCUCUGCAGGAUGUCAGUCAGGACCACGCCAAGAAGACGGUCACAGUUGAGGACCAUCCACAUUUGGCAAUGCAGCAGCUGUCAGUGCAUCCAUGCCGUCAUGGGGCAGUCAUGAAGAAGAUCAUUGAUGUGCUAUAUUCGCGUGGAAGCGAGCCACGUGUUGAUCAGUAUCUUUUCAUUUUCCUGAAGUUCAUCGCUUCAGUUAUCCCGACCAUGGAGUAUGACUAUACUGUGGAUUUUGACUUGGGUCCUUCAAGAGUGCCAUCCUGAUCGAAACGGUGCGGUGCGCGCUCAUUGGGUUACACGGGUGACCCAUAACAGGUCAGGAGGCAGGAGCGCUUUCCUACAAGCGAGGGGGUUUCUCGUAACAUUUGUCAAUUUGAAAGGAGCAAGUCGGUAUCCACAAAGCGUAUAAGGGGAAACCAGUGGCUUUGACAUUGGGCUUGGAAUGGAAUGAGCCUCUGGCCCGGUCCGCAGCACGGCCCGGCCCAGCCCUGCAUGGAGAGCAUCUGCAAACGCAGGAAAAGAACGAGUUGCAUCUUCUUAACUUUGUUAUCAAGUGAAGUUCAGUCCGGUCAGCAGCAGCAUGGUCAGGACUCAGGAGCGCGACACAACCAUGCAUAGAGAGCAUUGUCGAAAGGCGGAGAAGAGUGAGUUGUAUCGUUGUCUUACUACCUUGGAGAGUGCCUGGUAUGCCGUCUCUCUUUCCCAUGUAGUAGCAGUUGUACUGCAUUGCCUGUUGAGGGCUGGAGCCUUCUUCACAUUACCUAACUCAUCUCGGGGACUACGUGUGUUUGCCUUGUCGCCCAAAAGAGUUGCCGCGCUGGCGUGUAAAAUGUGUAAGUUCAGAUCAACUUGCUGGUGGUGUGGCUCUGUUGUGAAGCCUCGGGCACCGUGAGUGCAGCUAUGGUUAAAGCAAGGAUGGAGGGAGAUUGACCUCUGCCUGAUCUCCAGUGUCAUCUGGUCUGCUUGAGGACUCUCAUGGAAGAGAAUGUUGGACGUGGGACACCACCUGCAAGCUUCUGGGACUCGUGCUUGUGGACAAGGGUUCAAGUCUUCAUGGUAGCAUCAUCUUGCAUCCUUCAUACCACUGAAAUGUCGACGGAGAAAUAAAGGUUUUGGUGUCCG